AUGUCGACUGCACAACUAGCACUGAUGUUAUCAUCACUUGAAUCCGAACAAGCAAGAGUUCGAGCUCCUGAAGAAGUAUGCACCUCCACUGAUCUUGACCUCCUGCAGAGAGCUGUUAGUUCCCGAGACGAAACGCUCCCUGUACGUGAAAUCUCAACAAUAGAGCGGCGAUUCGCCAUUAGUACAGAAGCGUUAAUGUCCGUUCUCGAGAAUGUAAAUCAACAGGCUAUGAAAGUGCAGCAAGCGCUUCCUUUGAAACUCGCAGAAACUACGAGUACCACGGCUCGUGAAAAGACAGCUGAAUCAGUUGAAACCAGCGUUUCUGUGCGUCGAAUUGCACGGCCGGUUUCUCGAGAUGAGGAAACUGACAUUGUUCCUGAAACCUCGAGACGAUUGGGUCUUAUUCAUAGUACAAGGUCGUCAACUGAAGAGCGAAUGGAGUUGCUAGAACUGCUAAAGAAAUUCCAGGAAGAUAGUGAAGUCUCCAAAGUCAUCCAGCAGUUGGUAGCAGAAAAAAUUGAAUUUAGCAGUUCAGUGACUCAAUCGAUAAUCCAUUCGAUUGAAGAACUUCGAAGGAGGCCUGAAACCUCUGGGGUAGAGCGUACAGUCGCCGAGGUGCUUCGAGAUGUCAUCUCGAAAGCAGUCAAAGAGAGUCUUCAUGAAACCUCUUUUACUAUACUACAAUCGAUGGCGAAAUCUAGUACGGCAAGUCUAGCCAUGGCGUUGAGUGCUUCUGAAGCUGCAGCACGACAUCUGCGUGCGGUCGAAGAAACUGAAACUUCCAUCACUUCCGAACUAUGUAGAAGCCUUUCAAACAUCCAAGAAUCUGUUUUACCUGAAGAAUAUCGUGCCUACGUUGAAGAAAGGUUCGGUAUCACUGCAGAGUCCUUAUCAACAUCGCUCAAGCGCCGCGAUGCUCUACAAGAAGCAACCGAAACUCUACGGGGAAAGCAGCAAUUCAAGGCAAGCACUCAAACGCGGGAAUAUGGGCAAGAAUCGGUUGAGCUAAGGGGGAACAUUGCGGUCGUAGAGAAACAACAGGAUGCUGAACAACACAUUGAGUCCAUCAGAGAGCAACCACGUUACUUGCAUGUACUUCACAGCGUGAAAGCCACGUCUGAAGAGAUUUCAGAUCUUGUGGAAUUACUGAGCAAAUAUAAUGACGAUGCCGAUGUGGCUAUGGUCAUUGAGGAUCUCAUGUCUGGGCGAGUCAGCUUUAGCGGGAUUGCGGCGAGAACCAUUACCGCUUCAGUAAUGAAGGAGAUUAGUCAUUCUCCACAGACAUUCGACAUAAGCAGAAGGGUGUCAGAAGCCCUCCGCUGUGCGCUUUCUGCUGUUGUGAAAGAGAUCACAGAGGAGAAUGCGUUCACAAUACUUCAAACAAAGGAAGUAAUGUCGAGCGCACAAUUAGCGAUUGCUCUAGCGGAGUUGGAUGCGGAGCAGGCAAAAGUGCAAGCUCCGGCUGAAGAAGUAAUCUCAGCUGGUCUUGAACUUACACAAAGACCUGCUAGUUCUCUAUCAGCGACGCUGCCUAUACAUGGCGUGUCAUCGACCGAACGACAGUUCGUCAUCAGCACGGAGGUCUUGAUGUCAGUCUUGGAGAACGUAAGUCAGCAGGGAACAAUUUUGCGAACUAUUCCUGCAAUUUCUGCGGAGGAAGCGAGUACAAUUACUCGUGAGCCAAUAAGUCCAAUAGUGGAGACAAACGUGUUUGCGCAACGGCUCGAACAGCCUAUUCCGGAGAGUAGAGAAACUACCACUACUCCCAGAGUACCAAGACGACUGUACUUUACUCACAGUAUAAAGUCAUCCACUGAAGAAAAAAUGGAGCUGAUCGAAUUAUUGAAAAGAUUCGAAGAUGAAGCUGAAAUCUCUGAGAUUGUCAGGGGCCUAGUCUCGGAAAAGGUCGAAUUUAGCAGUUCCAUGACACAGACAAUCAUUCACGCCAUUAAGGAGCUCCAACGUACUCCUGAAACUGGUUCUACAGGGUGUACUGUUGCUCAAGUCAUCCGGGAAGCUAUCUCCACAGCUAUCAAAGAAAGUGUACACGAAACUGUUUUCACUGUCGUGCAGUCUGUUGAAAAGGCUUCUGCAGCGGAUCUUGCUAUUGCAUUGAGUCUCUCGGAAGCUGUUAUUGCACAACUUCGCUCAGCUGAGCAUAAUGAAGUAUAUUUGUGCUCCGAAUUGACCAAAAGCCUGUCAGAAAUCCAAGCGUCGGUUAUACCCGAGUUGCACCGGGCCUAUAUAAAACAGAGAUUUGGAAUUGAUGUUGCGUCCGUAUCGGCAGUGCUUCAACGCCAGGAUGCUCAGCAGUCAUUUUAUGCGACCCUCAGUGAAAAAUAUGAAGACAAAACAAGUCUUCAAAUGAGAGAAUUCGGUCAUGAGACGAUUGAAGUGCACGGGGAACUCAUAGCUCUGAGAAGGCCACCUGAAGAACGUGAAGGUGUCGAAUCGGAACGAGUACAACGCCGUUAUCUGCAGUUGCUUCACACCGUGAAAUCCACAUCCGAGGAAUUAUCAGAACUUGUCAAACUGCUGAAAAAAUAUGACGACGACGAAGAUGUUGCUAUAAUUGUCAGAGAUCUCGUUUCGGGAAAAGUUAGUUUCAGUGGACUUGCAAUCAGAACUAUCACUGCUACUGUAGAAGAGGAAAUAAAACGCGCUCCAGAGACAUGCGAUAUUAGUCGAAGAGUGUCGAGAGCCCUUCGUUCUGCCAUCUACGCAGUCGUGAAGGAGAUCUCGGAGGAGAGUGCAUUUACAUUACUGAAGACGAAGGAGGUGAUGUCAACAGCACACUUAGCAAUGGCUCUAGCUGCGUUGGAGUCAACGCAGGCAAAUGUUCUAGCUCCCGCUGAAACAGAUACCUCUACUGAUCUUGAUCUAGCGCAAAGGGCUUGUAGCGCUCAAACAACAAUAAUCCCUAUUCGUGGGAUUUCAAGAACAGAGCGACAGUUCGCUAUUAGCGCAGAGGUCUUGACAUCCGUUUUAGAGAACGUAGCGCAGCAAGGCGCAACUGCUCAAAUUAUCCCAGAAAGCCUUGGUCAUGGGCCUACUGUUGCCACAGCGCGUGAAGAAGGAAGCGAAUCACUAGAAACUAGAGUAUUUGCACAGCGGCUUUCUCAACCUCCUCCUUGCCAGGAAGAAAUUGCAAUAACCCCAGGAACAUCAAGACGGCUCUACUUUACCCACAGUAUCAAAUCUUCAACUGAAGAGAAAAUGGAGCUAGUGGAAAUGCUGAGCAAGUUUCAAGAUGACGCUGAGGUUUCAAAAAUCAUUAAAGACUUGACCUCGGAUAAGAUUGUCUUCAGCAGUGUAGUGACUCAGUCGAUAAUCCAUGCUGUUGAAGAGCUUCAAAAAUCAGCGGAAACCGGAGUCGCAGAGAGCAUGAUUGCCCAAGCGGUCCGCGAUGUGAUCUCAGAAGCCGUUGAGAAACACGUUCAUGAAAGCGUUCUCACUAUAGCAGAGUCCAUGGAUGAGAGUUCCACAGCCGAACUUGCUACGGUACUCAGUAGUACAGAAGCUCUUAUGAGCCGUUUGCGUGCCGUAGAGCAGAAUGAAGUGUCUCUGAUCGCCGAAUUGGCUAGAUCUAUCAGUCACGUGCACGAAGUGGUAAUGCCGGAAGAACACCGAGCAUACAUACGUGAACGAUUCGGCGUAUCGCUGACAGUACCGCCACCCCCUCUGAAGAAACAGGAGUUGAUUCUCAACGAAAUGCAAAUUCUACAUAGCAGAAGGGCGACAGUGGAAGAGACGUCACGAUUGAGGAACCUGCUUGUGCAGAUGUCAGGUCACUCGGACGUCGCUGAAAUCGUCCAUUUCCUGGAUCAAGAAAACGUGCGUUUCAGUGAGAAAGUUACGCAAGACAUGAUCAGCAGCAUUGAGGAGAUUCUAUCGAGAUCAACCAGUCUUGAAAACAUAGCGUCUUCAGUCGUAGAGCGCAUACGAAUGAUUUUAAGCGAGUCGAUCAGGGAGUUGACUGAUGAAACAACGUUCCGAUCCUUCUACGCUACUCCAGCAUCCAUUUCGAUCACCACUCUGUUGGUUGCCGUUCAUUCAUUAGAGUCAGUGCUUUCGAGGAUUUCUGAAACAUCAUCUGCAGUGGUUUCAGUUGCUGCAGGGACUCUUGUUCCUUCCCAUGAAGUUAUCGAACGUCGAAUUAGCCUGGAUGAACGAAGACGCCUGCAACUCUUGCAUCUUAUUGAAGGCCUCAGAAGAGCAAAGAGUUCAUCUGACCGAAACUUUGAGUAG